AUAUCUAACAGUUAACAAAAGUACUAUGGAUAUCGCUCCUCCACCGCCAUCAGAACGGUACAAGCAUUUAAGGGAUCCAGAACUUCGAAAACGAAGUUUUGGAAAAUGGCGAUAUUAUACGGAAUCCUUUCUUACGGAACUAGUCGACGAAGGCUUGUUUAGCAUAGAUGAAGAAAAAAGAAAAGUACAAUGUGUUUAUUGUGGAGGAGUUCUUUGUGGUAUAGAAGAAGGACAGAAUGUUCACAUUACACAUUACCGACACUUCCCCAAAUGUGAAAGAUUCAAGUAUAGAGAACCUGAAUUUUUGAAGCUGGUCAGCAAUGACGAGUCAGUCGCAGACGGAAUGAUGGGAACUGUUGACAUGGCGCUAAAUAUGAAGAAGAAUCAUCCAACGGACGAUGAAAGGUAUUUUGACGGGAGGGGGAAGGACACGUCACAUUCGGUAUACAUAUCAGGGGACAUUAAAUAUCCCAAACACAGUUAUUACUCUAUGUUUAUAGACAGACUGAGGACAUUCCGAAAUUGGCCAGCGCAUUUGACUCAGAAACCGGAAACUCUUGCAAGAGCUGGAUUCUUUUAUGCAGGUGUUGAUGACGUCUGUGAGUGUUACUGCUGUGGAGGACAAUUGGAUGGUUGGGAAGAUGAUGAUGAACCCGUACGUGAACAUGAUAAGUGGUUUUCCGAUAUAUGUCCAUUAUACCAGACAAGACAAAGGAGGACUUCAGCAGGUGUUGGGUGAACAAUUAAACUGAGCUGGGAGGUAGCAAUAUACUGACUCAGUCCGCAGUCGGUUGUCAGGAUCGCAGUGGAUUCCAUGUUGAUAGAUACUAAUGUGAACGGUGAACAUUGACAGCAUGGUAGACAUUAUACGUUGUGACGUAGAUAAUAAAGAAUAAUGUACAGUCUGGCGAUAAAGUAGAUGUUGUUCCCCGUCAGAUAUGCCAUGACGGACGACUUGCCCUGAUACAUAUCACGGCAAAUUAAUAACCCUUCGAUAAAAUCAAUUUCAGACACAGUUUGUUAUCGAUAUAUCACCAAGCGAAGAUUAUCAAAGGUUACUUGUAAACUGUCUGAAAACCGAUGACCAACCAUAUCGGAGUAUAUUUUGUUAUGUUUCUUAAUAUAACAUACAAUAAUUAAAAAUCAUAUUUUGCAUCUUC